GAUUUUUUAAAAACCGACAGACGCUUGAGCCGGACCCCGUACGUUUCCACGUUCCGCCCUGUACGAUCUACGACACCGUGAGGCAGCAGCCAGCGGCCGUUUGGUCUUUUGUCUGAGUCACACAAUUUGACCCUCCGUAUCUUCGGUUCUUGGUACAGCGACGCGUUACCUCGUCGGUAUGCGUCUCGUCAGCGGAAACACGCAGCACAGCUUGAGCUUGACUCGAAAAAUCACAGACGCUGGUUGCUCUGAACAACGGAAGCGGUACCGGAACGCAAGUGCAUGUGCUGGUGAUGUGAAGUUGCAGCGUAGCUUCGAUUUCGGUGCUUGAAAAUGUGGAAGUGUGGUGCUAGGUUUAGGUGGUCAAUUCUCCUGUUUAUUCUGUGUCUCACUGAAGCAGACUGCGGUUUCAAACAGACCAGGUCAUAUAGGAACAAUAACAAAUCCAACGGAGGUCCUCCUGAACUCCAGCAGAAGAAAUGGGAGCCCAGCAACUGGAAGACUAUCCUGAUCGUAGUCGCCAGCGUAUUGUUCGCGUUCGCCAUCAUUUACGGAAGCAAUUGUUUGUAUGUCUGUAAACUGUACAUGUGUGGACAAUCCGAGAAGAAAUAUUCCAAGAUGGACUCCUGCACGAACGUUUGACGUGCCUAAUUAAUUUUUGUGAAGGACCACCACAGACACUCCAGUUAGCUUGAAAAAUUGAUAAUUAUUAGGUUAUCGGUUUUCAUGAUUGUGAUGGUUUUUAUCUUUCAAUCACCUGCAAGAAUGUUCUAUACAAAUUAAGCAAAUCAGGGUUAAGCUUGUCAGCAAAGGUAAUUGCUUAACUACAGUCAGGUACAAAAAUGGAAGAGAGAUUAGGCAUUGGGAGAAAUACACACUACUCUAGCAGUGAGACACAAUGAGAUACACUAUUGUGGUACUUAACUAUAGAAUUUCAGCUUCUAAUCUCUAUAAGGUGCUUUUCAAAAAGGUCCCCAACUUAUUUUUUGAACGGGUCAAGUAAGCGAGCUGUAUUUUGGGUUACUGAAAUUUUGCGUAAAAAGGAGUUGAACGUAUGUAGUAAAAUGUGAAACAUUCCAUUUGGGAAAAUUGUCAAAUUAAUUCAGCCAUUUAUUAAAAUAAUUUGGGCGGUACUUUUUUGAAAAGCACUGCAUAUUUGUCGUUUAGGCAAUUGCUAGAAGCAAAUGCUGUUGUUUCAUGACAUCUUCAAUUUUUUUCUGCGGCACUUCCAUUUGAUGAUAGAAAACAAUUGCUUGAUAUUUAUUCAUUGGGCUUGUGUGACCCAAAUGUUAAACAUGUACUCGCUUUAUCACUGCCACCUAUCUUCGAAUUUCAUUUAAUUCAAACAAACUGAAUUAAAUUGAGAUUCUCGAUUAAAUAAGUAAAUGGGAACCUACUAUAUUUUACAUACUAGUAGGUGCUAGUGGCACGCAGGAUUAGCAGCUCGUUUUACAUUUUUAGUAAAACGGAAAAUUGUAAGGAUAUAAACGUAAAGGAAGUUUGCUUUUUCACUGGUAUUACACGCUGAGUUUGGUGACCGAACGUAAACCUGAACAUACGCAUUGUUGAACAAAUAAGUUUGGAUCCAAAUAUCCGAAAUGUUAAAGCAACAUCGAUCUAAGAAAACAGAAAACAGAGAACCGUCUAGAACCUGCGUUGUUCAAGACAAGUAUAAAAAACUUGAUGUUACCACAGAAUAAGUAAACCAGAAGUCUCACUCAGGUAAUUUCCCUAGUGGAAUUUUCACUCUCUAUUAUUUUAUGAAUCCAUAGUGUGUAAUACCAGUGAGGAAUAAACCUGGCUUUUCAUCUUGAAGCAAUAUUUGCGCUUUUUAGAUGUGUGAUAUUUUUAUACACGUAAGCUUAGAAUUUAUGCUAAAAGUUGGAUACUGUCCGAACCGAGAUAUUUAUAAUGGCGCGUUCCUUCGAUUCACAUCACUAAUUUCCGCCUGCAAAGUUGUACCUACGGGUGAAGGAAAAGGCGAUUUUAGCAAUACAUUUAUUAAUAUACAAUUAUACAGAAGUUGCUGAUAUACGGCCUUGUUGCAAACAAAAAAUUACAGUGCUAUUUCUUAAGGUGUGUAUGUAAUUUCAGAACAAUAAGUGACGCCGAAAAUGACGUGAUUAUAUUAUAACUACACAACAAUAUUGAAAACACCUAUUUGAAGUUAAUAAAUUGGACACCUGUAGUCAUAUCAAACAUAAUAUAGCAAUAUUAGCAGUUGUGAUGGAAUAGCUAUCAUUAUAGGUUAUAGGUAUAUAUAUAUAUAUAUAUAUAUAUAAGGUGAAAAAUUAAAGCUUCCGCCUUUUGUUGGGUACUUCGACAAAAUUUAAGCAAAGAGGACUCUUUAUACUUUUUUUUAAUUCUCUCUAGGUUUCAAUGGACUUUGCCAUCAUCAUCAGGAGCUGCAAUUACAAUGAUAACAGUA